UGUUAGAGUUAAUACAAAAAGAUAGUCAUCUUCAUCAGUCAGAACAAGUGAAUAAUUCAAGCGAAAGCUCAAUGAGUAGCAGCGACAGCUGCACGAGCUUCAGCCGGUUAUCUUUUGAUGCCUUAGAGCUACUCGCACCUUGCCGGCCGUUAUACUCGCCGGAAAACAACAAGGUAUCAAAGCCACACCGGUCAUCGGAAUCGUCUUGGCAAGCAAUUCGGUCAAUGACCUUGAAAAGAAGCAGCAGCGAAGGUUAUAACGGCGGCGGUGUUGAUCACGGAGGCAAUAACGUUUUGAACUUUAGAGAUUUUAGCCUUGUACGUCAGAUAGGUAGUGGCGAUAUAGGUAAAGUUUACUUAUGCCGAUUACGUCAUGAUGACGAAUUGGAUAAAAAUCGGUUGUGUUAUUAUGCAAUGAAAGUUGUGGACAGAGAGGUUCUGGCUCUGAAGAAGAAAACACAAAGAGCGGCGACGGAGAAGAAGAUAUUGAAUAUGCUUGAUCAUCCGUUUUUGCCGUCUCUUUAUGCGCAGUUCGAAGCCUCGCAUUUUUCGUGUGUUGUAAUGGAAUAUUGCUCCGGUGGUGAUUUGCAUUCUUUACGCCAUAAACAGCCUCGCAAACGCUUCUCCCUUUCCGCCGCAAGGUUUUAUGCUGCUGAGGUAUUGGUAGCUCUAGAGUAUCUACAUAUGCUUGGAGUUAUAUACAGAGACUUAAAGCCUGAAAACGUAUUGGUCAGAUCAGACGGUCACAUCAUGCUCACUGAUUUUGACCUAUCCUUAUGCUCUGAUGCCAUCCCAGCCGUUCAAUCUCAUCAAUCUCUUUCCUCAUCACCAGAUCAUCCUACUACUGCUACUGUUCCUUCAUCACCCCUGCCACGUCAGCCAUCUCUCCACCCCUUCUCUUGUCUACCGAGCCAACUAUUCAGGUCAAAGAAAGUCCAGUCAUUUUCCGCCAACCGUUUGUUCGUGGCGGAACCGGUGACCGCGAGGUCAUGUUCUUUUGUCGGGACGCAUGAAUACGUGGCGCCUGAAGUGGCGUCCGGGAAUUCACAUGGCAAUGCUGUUGACUGGUGGGCGUUGGGGAUAUUUAUAUAUGAGAUGGUUUAUGGUUGUACGCCUUUUGCAGGUGUAACAAAUGAAGCCACAUUGCGUAACAUUGUCAAGAAACGACUUAUGUUUCCAUCUGUGUCCGUCUCAUCGCGUGAGACGCAAGUGCGCGAUUUGAUAUCUAAAUUGUUGGAUAAGGAUCCUGAAAGCCGAUUCGGCUCUAAACGAGGAGCCGCGGAUAUUAAGACCCACCCGUUUUUUCACGGGUUGAAUUUUGCGUUGAUUCGGUCAUCAACGCCCCCGUUCAUCCCUAGACAUCAAAAGACGUCUUCGAUGACGAAUUCGUCUAGGUACUUUGGUGGGUCGACGACUACGUCGUUUGAUUUCUUUUGAUUAGUUAAUCUGUGUGACUAAUUGAUGACACGAAGUUGUAAAUAUAAAAAUACCAUAUAGGUGUAGGUCUGUUUUUGCUAAUCAAGAAUGGAUUAUUACCACCCUUCUUUUAACUUUUACUAGUAGUAAAAAAGUAAGAUGUCUAGUGAUGUUGGAAUCACGUCAAUUCUAUGAUUAGCUACUUUAAUUUUCAUUCA